AACUCAUUCAGGUGCAGGCAUGAAGGUACACAGAAAACUUCAGUCCUUCGGAGGAACGAAAAUGCUCAAAUUCGUGAUUGCUUUCAUCUCCAUCUCCUUUGGAUCGGCUGCCAGCGGAGGAGGAGAUGGAUGGAGGGUAAUGGGUGGAGCGGAGGCAGAAUUAGGGGAAUUCCCGUGGGUGACAUCCAUUCAAUGGGGAAGCCUGGGACAUUGGUGUGGCGGUGCCAUCUACGAUGGAUCCCACGUCAUCACUGCUGCACAAUGCUGCCUCUAUCGGAGGCCUGAAGAACUGACCGUCUGGGCCGGAGUAGUCGACCUUGAAAACCCGGCGGAGGGAAGCACAAGCCCUGUGACUGAAAUCAUCGUUCACGAGGACUUUAAUCUUCAGGAGCUGACCAACGACAUAUGCAUCCUGGUCUUGGGAACCCAACUACAAUUCGGAACCAACAUCGGAUCCAUUGUCCUUCCUCAGCAGGGGGUUGAAUAUCAAAAGGGGACGCCGGUGCAAGUGUCCGGAUGGGGGCUGACGAGGGAGGGUGACCUCCCCCCGACGCUCCUCAGCACGGCGGACAUCGUCACCUACACCCAAGACGAAUGCGAGGAGUUCUACGGACCCACUUUACCCGUCUACGACCACAUGAUCUGCGCCGGCCAAGACGGAGGCGGCAGGGGAUUCUGCGACGGAGACGAAGGGGGUCCACUGGUCCGGUCAGAUGGGUCCAAGGAAUUGGUUGGAAUCGUCUCGUGGAGUCACGGAUGUGCUCGACCGUCCUACCAUGGGGUCUAUACUCAAGUUUCCUACUUCGUUGAUUGGAUCUUGAGCAACGUUGCGUGAUUUCAUCUUGAAGAGAGUACGCUCUUUCAAACAUCUGC